UUGGCCUGCCGCGGCGUUACCCCAGGCAUGGAGCUGCCCCAGGGCCAGGAGAGCCCCGCAGCAAGGAGCCACCCGGGGCGUUUCUCCCCCAGCCCCUUCCCAGCCGAGCCGCGUCCUCGCCAGCGCCUGCCCGGCAGCAGGGCGGGCAGCCCCCGGCCACGCACGGGGCAGGCGGCCCGCCCCGCCGAGGCGGCAUCGGCGGCUCCGGCUGGCGAGCGGCUUCUCCUUCCUCUCCCCGGUUUCUUGAAUGAACAGCGAGGUGGAGCUGUAGGGAACCCGCCCCUCUUGUGCGGGCCUCUCCCGGCCACUCUCCUCCCCGCCACUGGCUCUGCUCCUCCUCCCGCUCCCUCCUUCUCUUGCACCCGCGCUGCGACUCUGCUUCCCCGGCCGCCGCAGCUACCCGGAGCGGACGGGCGCUUCAGCAGCAGCCGCUGCAGAAAGACGAGGGGGCUGCUCUGCCUGGGGGGCUUGCCGGGCUGUCUGCGCUGGGGGGGGGCGGGCGGGUAGUGGGGGAACAGCUUCCUAGCCGCGGUGCUAAUUUGUAUGAAUAAUAUUCCACACACGCCCCCAUCCUCUUCCCUGCACGCUGGGGGGCUGGGGGGGCGGGAGGGUGUUUCUUGCUUUGUAUACAAACAAAGCCGCUUUGGAAAUGCAUUUGCUCCCCGGAGCUUAGGCAAAAGUCAAAAUUUUGAUGCUCCCUUUCGGUGGGGGUGGGGGUGGGGGUGUGAGGGAAGGGAAGGGAAGGAGGAGAGCGUUGGGCUCUGCCUAGAGAUCAGUGUCUGAAUGAAACUACAUGUAUUUAAUUGCAUGUGUCUGUGCGUUGCACUGGAGGGGAAAGCACAACACUUCUGCAAGAGCUUGGAGUCAAAGGUGUGUUUCAUCUGCUCUUCAUAAUUUUGCUUUUGUUUUGGGUUGUUCUCCUUCCUGGGCUCUGAGGCGGGAUAUUCUGAUCUUGGACAUGUCUUUGGAGAUGUCUAACAGAAGUCGGGGAAAUAAAUUUUAAAAUCCAUAGGUUUGGGGGGUUUUGUUUUUGAUUUUGGUCCCUUUCCUGUCCCGUUGGUGAUUUGAUCUUGUGAAGCAUCAAAGCAACCAGAACUUAACGUGUCUAAAGACUUGGUUUUUUUUAAAAGGAAACUUGACAGAGGAACGUAUUUAUAGUCCAAACGAAAGUACCUCCGAGACCUGAGAGCUCCUCAUACCAUCAUGAAUGAAACCACAUCCAAUACAAUAACUGGAUUAUAAUUUUUGGUGGUAUUAUUAUUAUUAUUGGCUGCUUUACUUUUUUGGGUUCAUCCUGCUCCUCUUCUUCCUCUCUCCCUCCUCCUUGCUGCUCCCUGUUGGAAAUUAUGGCUCAUCCUGGGAGAAGAGGCUAUGAUAACCGGGAGAUAGUGCUGAAGUAUAUCCAUUACAAACUGUCACAGAGGGGAUAUGAUUGGGCUGCCAAUGAAAACAGAGGACCAGUUUCUCCAAAUCUCUCUCCUCCUACUGCUGCUGGGACCUCAUCUGACCAUGCUGGGCUGGUGUCUCUGCUUCCUGAGCCCCCUGGCUCAGCUGCUGCUAGUAACGUGCCCCUUGGUGAUGGGCUGCGCCCAGCACCACAGGCUGUUCAUUUAACUCUGUGCCAAGCCGGAGAUGAAUUUUCCCGCCGCUACCACAGAGAUUUUGCCCAGAUGACUGGCCAGCUGCACUUGACCCCAUUCACGGCGAGGGGGCGCUUUGUGGCGGUGGUGGAGGAGCUGUUCCGAGAUGGGGUUAACUGGGGAAGGAUCGUGGCCUUCUUUGAAUUCGGUGGCGUGAUGUGCGUGGAGAGCGUCAAUCGGGAGAUGUCUCCUCUUGUGGACAGCAUUGCUGUGUGGAUGACUGAGUACCUGAACAGACACCUACACAACUGGAUCCAGGACAACGGAGGCUGGGAUGCCUUUGUGGAAUUGUACGGCAGCAACAUGAGGCCUUUGUUUGAUUUCUCCUGGAUCUCUUUGAAGACUAUCCUAAGUCUGGCUCUGGUGGGAGCUUGCAUCACCCUUGGUGCUUAUCUGGGACAUAAGUGAAGUCAACCAUCUAACCAUGGAUUACAAAAGUCUUAUGAAACAAUAAAAUAAUAUGUUUUUUCUAGUAGCACAAUGAUAUUAGUUUUAUGAGCAGAAGUUCCUGGCUAAAUAUAAAUCAGCUAUUACUGCCAAAGGGAGGUAUCAUUUAUUUUUUACAUUGCAGGAAACAAAGUUAUUUAUUAAAGAUAUUUACAUUUAACUUGCUAUUUUCAGAAACUCUACAAACAAUUUAUAUCCGAGUAUCACAUAAUAUUGUUAUGAAUUAUAAUGAGCCCCAAACACCUUGAGCUUUUUUAAAAAAAAAAAAUUAAUGCAGCUGGAUGGAUUAAAUAUACUGACAAAGACCUACCUGCUUUCUCUUGGGGGAGCAGUUACUUGGGCUGCUUCAGGCUGUGUAGUUGAGUUGAUUUUACUUACAAUUUCUCACAGAUCCAAGGAGAUGAGAUCCUAAAAAAGUCAGAGGAAGUGAAGUAAGAAUUAUUUCCCACUGGCAAGUACUGACAUUAGUAUACAAUUCAAUAUGGUACAUACUUGGUGUCAGAAUAGCAACUUCUCGAAGGACAGCCAUCUAUAGGAAUCUCCUGGAAGGAAAACAAUUUGAAAUACGAUUGCAAGUAUUUUUAAGCUACCAAAUUGUGUCAAUACAUCAUAAUCAUAACAGUAUCAUCUGAUACGUUAAAACGAUGAUAUGUCAAUUCAGAUACUCUCUAUGAGCGCAUGAAAUGAAAUCCUUUGGACAUGCAAGAAAUUACUGUUUCAAAGAUUUCCUCAGCAGUAAGAUGUCUUUUACAGCUACACACACAGAAACCAUGAGACUGUAAGUGCCUGCCUCUACAGAGCACAGCUGGAGUCUGGAGUCCUGACUUGUGUCCCAUUUUAGUGGGCUCAUAUCUGCAACUGAUCCUGUUUACUUGCUGGGUUUUGAAACCAAUUAAGUUUGGCCUCUAAAUCCCUGAAAGUUGAAAAAGGUUUAAUUUAGUUGGCAAGAAACAGACCUCAUCUGAGUUCCAGAUUAGCUCGAACUAUACUUGUUUAUCAAACUGGGCACCAAAAUCACGUUCCUUUUCAUAACAAAGAAGUCAGAUGACCUGUAUUCUUUCCCCCAUCUCACAUCCACACCCAAAGUAUUUCAUGGUAAUAAUUUCUUAAGACUUUCUACUUUAAGACUUUCUAGAAAUAAAGAAGAUGAAGAAAUUGUCCUAAUCCUCAAGCUGGACAGAGACUCACUGACAUCCAGAUUCCUUAGGUGUUUAUUGUCAUUUCAGGGGAGAAUGGCGGGGGGGGGAGAGGAUGGACUGAGUCGGCUUCUCGAACAAUAAAUACAAUUUAAAUAAGAUUAAUUCAGGACACUUAAUAUACAGCUUUAUAACAACUGCAUAAAUCCUGGAACCAUAUAUCUUAGACAUGUCAACAACUUUAAAGUGGGCUUUAACAAGCUUUUGGCUUCUGUGGAUUCCACCUUAAAAAUCUCUAUAAGUCAAGGUUUUUUUUGUUUUUUUUUUGUUUGUUUGUUUUUUUAACAAUGAAACUGUCAAAAUAUGAAAUUUAUGGCUAAGUGUACAUCCAGGGACAAGUUAGAAAGCUCUGGAUAAAAGGACAGGAAUAACAUACAAGUACUUUCAGAGUGAAAGCAAUACAAUGGAAAAACUGCAGAGUCAACCUUGACAUUUCAAUAAUCUAACUUUGUGGCAUUAUAUGCAAGAUAGCUGCAGUAAUUUAGGAAUGUGAUAUGUUCAUUGUUAAGGCUGUAAUUGAUGGGAUUUCUUCAAAGCUGCUUUUUUUAGAUUUGUGCAUCUCAGCAUUUUUAUUGCUAUUUAGUCCAUGGCACCUACACUUUCUAUGGGCAAAGAUGGAGCAAGCGUUGGAUUUUAAAUUUAAAUGGGUUUAAUUUUACAGAAACAUUUAAUGGCACUCAGUUUCUAAAGCAAAUGUGAUCUGUUUUUAAACUCUGCCGAGUAAAAACACCUGAAAUGUCAAAACUGUAUACAUUUGUGCAAGGCACUUAUGAAAAAUAUUUUAAAAUAAUAGGGAACCACAUAUUAGGAAUUGAAUGCAGGCUUGGUUUUUCCAUCUAGCAGGUUUAAUUUAUGGAAAGCCAGGUAAAAAGAUGAACUAGAAUUGGCACUGUAUUAACAUUUCAAUCCACAUUUCACAAUCUAGUCUUCAUUUCAGUUUGUGCCCAUUAACCCCCAUUAAAGAUAAUGAAUGAUUUGACCUUGAACUUUUUCCAAGGUUGAAUUGUUGACGGUUUACAUGAUCAAAAAAUAUAAAAAGAGUAAUUAUAAAUUCAUGUGCUGCUAUACUACCAAGAUAAUUUGGAGAGAGUUUGUUUUGGACUAUCCUCCAGUGGCAAGAUUUUUCAAAGCUGCUUUAGAAGUAAUACGAAGUAGUCACAUUACAGAGAUGAUUAGGUAGAUGCCGCCAAUUUGUGUUCUGUUGUAUCUAUUCACUGGGAUUCCCAGCAUAUUAGUUAAUAAGUUAAAAAAGUCCAGGCAACUGUUAGUGGUUAUUUUAUUAAACAGAUAAUGGAGCUUUCUAAUUCUGACUGCAGAAUUGUACAAUAUUAUGACUGCAUUAGCUGUAAGGAUAGUAGAUGAUGCAUUUAUUAUUAAUCACCAUACUAGAAACGUUGAAUGUAUAUAAAAGCUUGAACGUGUUUAAAAAAGCUCCCCCCAACCCUCUUGCUUUCACAGUGAUUCCUGUCCCUUCCAUUUUCUUUGUUACCGUAUGCAACAGAAAUUUCCCUACAAAAUGCAAGGCCUUACAGUCACGCCCCAAAAUUACAUUUCGGUUAAAAAUCACUUCUUCUCUCACCAUGAUCAGUCCUGGUGGCAAUCUAUAAAAAGAAACUAAAAAUAUAAAUACUUGCACUUCUAAAGUUUCUUGGCUGUGGAGAACCAAGGGACAACAUGGGAAGAGGUGUUAAGAGAUGUUGAGAGGAGAUACAUCAUUGAAAUAUCUCUAUGACUGAGGAUAAAAGUGUCUGAGAAAUUUGGCCACCUUUCAUCUAGAUGAAAAGAAAAAGCAUUUUAGGCAGUGAAGAUAAACAGAGCAAAAGGUUACAAAAAUUCCCCCCAAAGUAUUUAAGUAAAGCCUUGUUAAUUCUAGCAGCAAUCAUCUACAAACCAGAUCAGAUAUUUGAUUUUAUUGUAUCACAAUUUUUUUUUGUCCUUUAAUUCUUUUGGGCUUUGUUUUUCAAUAAAAUAAUAAAGAAAAAGUCUUGUUUUUUUAAACAAAGGAAAACUUCAUAAAAUCAUCUAAGAUUUGUUAUAGUUCCACAAUGUGCCGCUAAGCCCCUUUGUUUUCAGUUUUAACUGAUUUUUACUGAAAAUUUCCUGUACUUUACAAAAAGUAUUAAUCUACUGAAUACUUUUCCCCCUUACCCCAUCUUUCCAUCCACCAAAAUAAACCCCAAUAUUUACCCAGAAAAACUAAUAGGUUUUUUGCACUGAUUUUCCGGUUGUGUUUAUAAACAUUGAUAAAUUCCCAGGGAAAAUUAAGUAAAAUAAAAACUGAAAACAAAGAGUUGUAUGUACAGAGUAAAUAAGAGUUCUAAAACAAGGGGAAGGAGCCUAAAACUAAGUAUUAGACGAGAGACAGAGGAUAGUUCUUCGUAGUUCAGACAUUGGCUCUGACAAUGGAAUAACACGUCUGUUGUGGUAAUUGAAGUUACAGAGAGAAGUGGGAUCGUGAGGGCUGAAAGGUGAUUAGAGUGGGGUUCAUACACACAGUCUUGUAUGAUGCAGAAGCUUGGCCACAAUGGUCCAAGUAGUAGAUUUCAAUCAUAACCAUCUACAUGUUUGUGCAUCAACCCAUAAUUACAAUUAAUAUAUUUUCUGAGUUUCCUGUUGUGAUAUGUAAAAUCAUGGGAUGCUUUAAUAAAGCACACAGCUAGAGACUGAAAUAAUUCCUUUGGAAACAGACUUUUGCGUGUGAAAGUCAAUAUGGGAUGAUACAAAGUGCAGGUUAUGGGCCCAAAACUUCUUGUCCUUGCAUACACAAACCUCCCAUUCACCUCAGUGGGAGUUCUGCAUGGUGAUGCGGUUGGCGAUACAUCUGCACUAAUUUCAUAUCAAAAAAUCUUUUUUUAAAUGUUGAUGAAAAGUGUGAUGAAGUUACAUGUGCAAAGAGCCUGGAUUUCUAAUUUUUUUUUAAACAAGAUAGCAUAUGGAUUCAUUCACAUUAUUUGUUAAUGACUCCUAAUACCAUGUAUGAUAAAUUAAAUUUUUUUGGAUUUUGUGUAAAUAUCCUCUGAAACCAGAAAAAUUCAGUUUUAUUUUGUAUUCCUAUAUAUCUUUAAAACAAAACUAAGCAAUAGCAGACAAGGAAUCAGUUUAAUCUAAAUUGGUUUUUAAAAUGUGCGCCAGUGCUAAAAGUUAAUGCAGAUUCCUCCUGGAGUGAAGUCUUUACAACCAAGUUAUAGAGGAUUAAGAAUGCCCAUCACACACAAAAAAUCCUGUAUAUUUUUUAUUAUUUAAAUAGCAUUUUUUCUUUUUCUUUUGAAUAUUUGACAUUUAAAUAUCACCAGCAUCAUUGUAUAUAAACAGAUAUUGUUUAUGCAUUAUCUUGGAUGAUGUAUGUAAGGUAAAGUAGUUUGCCAGUUUAUUAUUGUUUAACAUGAUUACAUUGUUCUUUGUGUUUAAACUGUUACAUGUUGCCAUUAAACUUUCUAUGUCUGUCUAGAUAAUAUUGUGAAGAAAUAAUAAAGUACACUGUGAGUUACUUGUUAUAAAUUUAAA